AUGCCAAUCCGGUUGCAACUGGAUCAACUCACAAAGGCUGCAGCCAUCCGGAUUCGCACAGGUCCUGCCUUUGCAAUUCCUGACGGCCUAGUCAAUCGACGCACCAGCGACGAACUCAAGCUUGGCGGAUACACUCCCAUGGAAGCUCAUGCCUGGAAGAAAAGCAGAUGCUUAUUGGCUCCCCCCAGAACCUUAGCAGGGAAAUGGGAGAGCCGAUCUGCAUACGUCCAGGCACCGUGGCAUGAGCCUCCAAAGGUUGUGAUUGAUGAGCGAGAGGGGGCAGUAUCAGUACGUAACAUCACAUGCAAGAAUGAGCAUAUCGCAAUAUACACGGAUGGCAGUGGAUAUCAAGGCUAUAUUAGCACGUCCAUGGUCAUUCCAACAUUCAGAAAACAACGAACGGAGUGUAUUGGUACGGAAGGCACCUCAACAGUAUACGCAGCUGAGGUCUGUGGGAUCAAAUUCGCGCUCGAAACUGCGCUUCAAAUUGCAGAUCAGGGCAUACGAACCAAGAAACUAGUUAUUUUCUCAGAUAGCCAAGCCGCGCUUAAAACUCUCAUGAACCCGUACUACUACUACUACUACUGCUACUACCUAUUUCAUCUGAUGAUGAAGCGGACGAAAUCAGAAGCGUACAAGGCGUAA